AUGCUUUGGCGAAAAUCAAAGAGCGAAAAAGUGUGCAAAGCAGUAAAAUCUACGUUGGCGCAAGAAAGACCCUCAGAGAAGUACUGUAAUGCUGGUGCCACUUCUAUUUCUGAGUAUCACUGCAACUUGCUCCAAUGUACUGUACGUUUUUUUUCCAGAAAGUACGGUUUUGGUACUCGCAGUGAACCAGUGCCUCUUUACAUGGAUGACAUGCUGAACGCUGGCAGGAGAGUGUACGAUAAACAGUCUCCACCAGUUCAAGAUGCUGACAAACCUACGAAAGUCCGACUAGCGAUGUACAUCGAAGGAAUGUCGUCGUUCAGGACACAGACUAUGGAUUUUCAACUGGACGUGUAUUUUCAACAGUUCUGGAAAGAUUCGCGGUUAGCUCACAACGAGACAGGCCGAGUUUUGGUCCGCGACAAGAGCGUGUUGUUGAAGAUGUGGCAUCCGGACGUUUACUUUGCGAACGCCAGAAUUGCUGAAUUUCACCAGGUGACUCAGCCGAAUUUUCUGCUAUGGAUCGAGCCAGACGGUUCGAUUCUCUACGACACUCGCAUCUCCAUGGUGGUUGUGUGCACACUGAACCUCGAGAAGUGGCCACUUGACUCUCAGAGAUGCCAUCUGAGAAUUUUGAGCUAUGCGUAUACGACGGAUCAACUCCAAAUCGAAUGGGUGGACGAAACGCCGAUAACUCGCAACCCAAAUAUCGCUAUGUCAGAUAUGCAUAUUGUGGAUUUAUUCCCAGGAUCCUGUGACGGCAACUACUCCACAGGGACAUGGAGCUGUGUGACGGCCGAGUUCUACGUGAAGAGAGAGGUGACCCACCACGUCAUGCAGUCGUUUUCGUUCUGGUUGGACGUUGAAGCUGUUCCUGCGAGAGUUUCACUCGCCAUCACGACCCUUUUGACUCUCUCCACGCAAGCGAACGCCGCUAGAAUGGCGCUUCCCGAAGUAUCUUACAUGAAGGCAAUUGACGUCUGGAUGGGCGCUUGUAUGAUGUUCGUGUUUGGCGUAAUGAUCGAAUUUACAAUCGUUAACUAUGUUCAACGUCAAGCUACCUCUGCUCCCGGAGGCACAAAAAAGCGUCCCGAGAGCUUUGCCUAUCGAGCGCACAAGGUUUUGCAGAGAUUUCGUUCAAAGGAGCAUCGAACCUUAGAAGAGGAGGAUUUACUAGAUCACGUGAUAUUCAAUGGAACCACGUACGAUGCGAUUCCGGGAAAGGAAGUUGAAUCAGAUCAUGAGAACCGGUUCUUGCGACUAUCGCCCUCCCUGAAUAACAGAAAGACAAGGAAAAUCGAAUCAGAAGUAGAACUCAGAUUGGAUUCCGUCAAUGAGUUGUGGAAGGGCAAGUCUGGCGAUAAAGCAGAAAGGCUAGCAAAUUGGGCGCAAGAUAAUGAACAAAGCUCGGCUCGCAGAAGGACUUCUCUGUUGUGGUCGAGGUUCGGCAUUCGUGCGUCUGUACCAAGUAUGUUUGAAGUAUCCUUCCGUAUACAUAUACUCGGCGACGAACGUGCUCAACCGAGUGACAGUAAGAACACAGAGAGGCAAAAACCCGCUGAAAAGUGGAAAUCAACUAUCAAACAAGUGCAGAAGACAAAGAGAGAAUCAGCACGUUGCCGAGCCAAGCAAAUCGAUCAGAUGAGCCGUUGGGUGUUCCCUCUGAGCUUUGUUGCCUUCAACGCUAUGUACUGGUCCUACUAUCUUUACUUCAAAUCCUAG